GUUCGAAGCAGCCUCUCCUCCAGAGCCGGGGCUGCGACUGUGCUUUGGGCGGCCGUGAGGCCGAGAAGCAUGCGCGCCAGGGGCGCAGGCUGCCCCGCUGGGCUGCUGGCCGUCGGAUGGCUGAUCCUGGUGGGCCUGCAGGCCUCGCAGGCAUCGAAUGUCACCUCCAGCGGCGGAGGCGUCCAGGAACCCGCUGUGGCCCGCGAGGGCGAGAGCGAGAGCGAGAGCGAGAGUGAGGAGGAGGCUGAGAACGAAGGCGAAGUGCCCGAGUCCGAAACCACAGCCGAGGCCGAUGCCGAGGAAGAGGUUCAGAACAGAACAAUAGUCAAAGAAGUAGAAUUCGGAAUGUGCACAGUCACGUGUGGUGUUGGUAUCAGAGAAGUAAUUUUAACCAAUGGAUGCCCUGGAGGUGAAUCCAAGUGUGUUGUUCGUGUGGAAGAAUGCCGUGGACCUGUUGAUUGUGGCUGGGGUAAACCAAUUUCUGAAAAUCUUGAUAGUGCUAGACUAUCAUGUGUUCAUAUAUCUCCUGAAAAUCGUUUCAAAUAUGUAUGGAAGCUUCUAAAGCCAGACCAACAACCUGUUAUACUGACAAAUGACUCAGCAGUCUUGGAAAUAACGAGAGAAAUUCGUCCUCUGGCUUUUGAAUGUGACACCUUGGAUAAUAAUGAAAUGGUGGCAUCUGUUAAAUUCACCGUCUAUACAACAAAUGAACUGCAGAUGAGAAGAUCCAGCAGACCAGACACUGAUGCAGUCUUAGUUUUCGUGCUGACCAUAGGAGUCAUUAUCUGCAUAUUUGUGAUCUUCGUAUUGAUUUUCAUCAUCAUAAAUUGGGCGGCAGUGAAAUCCUUCUGGGGGUCAAAAACUUCAGCAACUGAGAUACAGUCCGAGCUGAGCUCUAUGAGGUGCGAACAAGACAAGGAUAUUGAGAGUUGCUCAGAAUAGCCAUGGUUGAUGGAGAUGCCUCUAGGUCAGCAUUCAGUGAUAAGGUGGUUGGUAGGCACAGGAUGCGAUUUUUCUAUAAUAUGGACAAUACAUGGAAUGAGGCGGAUGAUGCUGCUCAUCCUGUAACGUCCGGCUUUCUUCUGUUCACACACCAAAAAAAUGCUUUCAAAUCAAUCAAGUGGAUCUUACAUUUGUAUCAUGUGUUUUAAAAUUAAAGUGAUUUUUUUUUAAUGUC